ACUGUCUGCUUGUCUAGGUAAACAAUAUCUGAGUCUGGCGCCGCGACUGUCUGCUUGCGUCUGGCGCCGUAUAGCCGUAUGUUCUGGUAAUUUCCAGACGCGAUAUUCUAGAAGGACACGUCGGCAUCAGCGAGAAGUGCGUGGCUAUAUAAGCCGUGGCAGCGCCAACGUAAUCAAUCAGUGCUAAGAGUAAACUGCUAUAGUGUAGACGAGUUGUGAAAUAAAGAGUUGUUGAAUUAAAUUAAACAGUGUUGAUUUUAUUUGUCAAUCCAGAGAUACGAACCUAACAAAGUAAACUAGCAAGCAGUAAAUUCGUAACAAUUGGUGUCAGAAGUGGGAUUGUCAAAUAAUCCAAAUUCAAGAUGGUUAAAUUCGGAGAAUUGAGAAUUCAGCAAUUAAAAAAGGAACUGGAGGAGCGUAAUUUGCCGAUAAGCGGGCAAAAGGCGGAUCUGCAGGCACGAUUACGUAAAGCAAUGGAAGCGGAUGGAAUUAAUGUGGACGAGUUCGAAUUUGAUGGGCCAGAAACUUCUACAAAGGUAGAAGAAAAAGUAGAAGAACAACGAACAUCAUCAAGUGCAGACAUGAACAUGCUGUUAGUGGCUAUACAGAAAAUAGCUGAAAAUACAGAAAAUGCAGUGCAAACAGGAAAUCGUCUGGCACAGCAAAUAGCUGAAAAUGCAGAAAAAGCAGUGCAAACAGAAAAUCGUCUGGCACAGCAAAUAGCCGAAAAUAUAUCACAAAUAACAGAAAAUGCAGUGCAAACAGAAAAUCGUCUGGCACAGCAAAUAACGCAAAUAGCUGAAAAUACAUCACAGUUAGAGUCUCGCCUUACACAACAAAUGACUGAAAAUAAUAUGCAGUUAGAAAAGCGUUUGGUACAACAGAUUACAGAAAAUAAUACACAAGUGCAAGAGAAAUUUUCAAAAUUUGAAGACGAAUUAAGCACAAUAAAAAAUAACGAAGAAAAUUUAAGAUCAGAAUUUCUUCAACUGAGUAAUCGUAUGCGAGAACUGCAACUGCAUGGCCCUGCACCAUCAACAAAUAAUCCAAGACUGAAGGCACCCACAUUCGAUGGAAGUAUUCCAUUUCAAAUUUUCAAACUUCAGUUUGAAAAGACAGCAAUGGCCAAUAACUGGAAUGCAGCAGACAAAGUGGCAUCCUUGUUUGUAUCAUUGAAAGGACCUGCGGCAGAAAUCCUUCAGACUAUUCCAGACUGUGAACGGGACAACUAUGAGGCAUUGAUGAGUGCGAUAGAAAGACGAUAUGGUAGUGAGCACCGGAAACAAAUAUACCAGAUCGAACUGCAAAAUAGGGGUCAGAAGAUGAACGAAUCAUUGCAAGAGUUCGCGACUGAAAUAGAACGACUGGCUCAUUUGGCAAAUGCAGAUGCACCUGCGGAUUACAUUGAGAGGGUAAAAAUUCAAUGUUUCAUAAAUGGAAUUCGUGAUGUGGACACCAAACGCGCCACAUAUGCCUUGCCAAAAAGAACGUUUGCUGAAACGGUUUCGCACGCCCUCACACAGGAAACAGCUUCCCUACUAAGUAAACCAGCACACAAAGUACAAAGGGUUGAAAUGGAACAACCGGCGCUGAUGGAAGAAAUAUUGAAGACUCUGAAGACAAUUGCUGCACCGCGAGUAAAUACAACAGGAAGAUGUUUCAACUGUGGAAAAGCGGGUCACUUUGCCCGAAAUUGCAAUAUAAAAGUAAACCCAUCAAAACGGAAACAACCAACAGAUAAUGAGGACGAAGCAUCCACAUCUCACAAGUCGUUAAACUAAAACGGAACAGUUCAAAGGGGCGUGAGCUGGUUCCCACAACUAUUUGCCCCGCCAUCUCGAUAUCACAAAUAGGUCGCCAUGACAACAAUCUUACUAUCAACGGCAUCGUAAAUGGACGACUGUCAACGCUUACUUUGGAUACUGGUGCCACACAUUCAAUUAUCCGACCGGAUGUGGUAAGAGGAACGGUUGAACCAUUAGUCGGUUGCAAGCUUCGAACGGCCACCGGGGAGGAAGCAGCUGUCGCGGGAAAAGUGUUUUGCAAAGUGAUGAUUGGUACCCUGGAAGUUAAUCACACCUUCAUCGUAGCAGAAAUCACGGAUGAAAUUAUAAUGGGAGUAGAUUUCAUGAUUGAUCACGGGUUACUUUGGAUUUAAACAAGCAAAUGCUGUUUUGCCAGAACAUGGAGAUGCCUAUAAACACCGGAUAUGUGACCAACGUUGAAAGUAAGAGGGUGAUUGUUGAUGAUAAUCAGAGUAUUCCACCAAAAUCUGAGGCGAUUGUAUGGGCCAAAGUGAAUGGAGGAGGUGGGACUGAAGAGUUGUGGAUUGUGGAACCAACAAAAAUAGAUACACCCAUAUUGGUAGGAAGAACGCUUGUGAAAACUAGAGAAGACGCCACCAUUCCGGUGAGAGUAGUGAAUGAAUUCAACACGCCUAUAAGGCUGAAGAAAGGAGCAGUAAUUGGACAGUGCCAGAAUAUAAGUGCAAUAGCACGAUGCGAACGGUCACAACAGAAGCCUACUAUUGAGCCACAGCAGAUAAGUCCUACACUCCUAAAUAAUUUGCUGAACGAACUGCAUGGAAAUGAAAAAUUAAAAGCAGAAAAACUAUUAGAAAAAUACGCAUCCAUAUUUGCAAACGAAGGAAACACAGGAAGAACCGGCAUUGUCAAACAUCGCAUAAAUACUGGAGACGCUAAACCAAUCCGACAAGCUCCGCGUAGGGUUCCACUAGCAAAACGUGAGGAUGCUAACAAAAUUAUUGAAGACAUGCACAAAAACGGUGUAAUCGAACCUUCAAUAAGUCCAUGGAGCUCACCUAUCGUCUUAGUUAAAAAGAAAGAUGGUAGCACCCGUUUCUGCGUAGAUUAUAGGAAGUUGAAUGAUGUCACAAAGAAAGACAGUUAUCCUCUACCAAGAAUCGACGAUACAUUAGACACCUUGUCUGGAGCGAAAUGGUUUUCUACAUUAGAUCUACAAAGUGGAUAUUGGCAAGUCGAGAUUGAUGAAUGUGACCGUGAAAAGAUCGCUUUCAGUAUGGGCGACGGGUUAUGGGAAUUCUCUGUGAUGCCAUUUGGGUUAUGUAAUGCGCCUGCAACGUUCGAGCGACUGAUGGAACAUGUGUUAAAAGGACUCAACUGGAAGACAUGUUUGGUGUACCUUGAUGACAUUAUCAUCAUGGGAAAAAGUUUUGAUGAUCAUCUGAAAAAUCUAGAGGAAGUCUUUCAGCGAAUAGCAUCAGCCGGAUUACGCUUGAAUCCCAAAAAGUGUUCAUUAUGGAAGAAGCAGGUCACAUAUCUCGGACAUAAAGUGUCAACUGAGGGAAUUCACACCGAGGAAGGAAAAAUAAAAGCAGUGAAAGAUUGGCCUCGACCCACCAACAUUCAUGAACUCCGCAGCUUCCUCGGCUUAUGCACGUGUUACCGCCGUUUUGUACCUGGAUUUGCGAACGUGGCUAGAAGUUUACAUGAUUUAACAAAGAAGAAUCGCCCGUUUGUAUGGCAGUUGGAACAAGAAAAAGCGUUUGAGCAGCUUAAGGAACUACUUUGUACGGCGCCGAUGUUGGCUU